UUAUUUCAUUGAUGUGGUUAUUGCGUCAGAUGUCACUCUUACAUUUGGAGUAGCGGAAUUUUUGGGUAUGGUAAUCGUUAUAUGUCGAAUUAGUAAGAUUUUAUGUAAUUAUUUAAAUAUUACUAAAUUAUGAACGAAUUUAAGAAAGAAUUAAAUUACUUAUAAUGAGUCGUAUUGGUUAACAAAUGGAUGUGUGCUCGUCGUUUAAAUGGAUUGUUAACGAAAUGGGAGAAUUAAUUCAGAAGUGGAUAUUAAAUUUUCAUGAUGUGAGAACGACAAAACUAGUUGCUAGCUUCAGUCUAUCCUUUUUUUUCAUAAGUUGCCUUAUAGGAUUUUUUGCAGUAAUUCUCAUAAGGAAUCCUGUCUGGAAAUCACCAGCCAAAUCCAACAAUAAAUUGGAAAUUAGCCCAUAUAUAGAGAAAAAUGUUGUUAAGAAGUCAAAUAUAAACUUUCUUCCUGAUACUAGUGAAUUGAGGAUAUAUGAUGACGACAAGAUUACUCUGGAUGGAUUACCGGAAUUCAGACAGACUAGAAGACAUCAAGUUGAUUAUUCUGCAAAUGAACCAGAAGCUUUAAUAUCACUUCGCAUGGCUUUGCAAUUGAAAGAAAGUGGAAAACAUGAAAAGGCUCAAAAACUAUUUCAGCAUGCUUUAGCUCUGAAUCCUGUACAACCAGAUAUUCUCACUCAUUAUGGUGAGUUUUUAGAGCAUCAUCAUCAAGAUGUCAUUAAAGCUGAUCAUAUGUACACGAGAGCACUUAUUGUAUGUCCUGAACAUUCAAAAGCACUUGUGAAUAGGCAAAGAACAUUACCAGUUGUAGAAGAAUUGGAUCAGAAACAACUUACCAGAAUAGACAGAAAAAGAGACAGGCUUAUUCAUAUUCCUGAAAAUGACCCAGCAUUAAAAAGAAUGAAGAAAGAAGCAUAUUUUCAGCACAUUCAUCAUACAGUUGCUAUAGAAGGAAAUACAAUGACAUUAGCAGAAACUCGAAUGGUAGUUGAAACACGUAUGGCUGUACCUGGUAAAAGCAUUGUUGAACAUAAUGAAAUUUUGGGACUGGAAUCAGCAUUGAAAUAUAUAAAUAAUACAUUAGUCAAUAAGUUUGGCCUUAUUAAUGUUGGGGAUAUUUUGCAAAUUCAUAAAAGAGUGUUAGGUCACGCUGACCCUUUAGAAGCAGGUUGCUUUCGUAGGUCUCAGGUAUAUGUUGGAGAACAUACACCACCUUCUCCUACUGAAAUAAUUGACAUGAUGGAAGAUUUUAUAGAAUGGAUGAAUUCAGAAGAAGCAUUUAGUUUGCAUCCAGUGAAGCAUGCAGCUCUUGCACAUUAUAAACUAGUCUAUAUUCAUCCUUUUAUUGAUGGAAAUGGCAGAACAGCACGAUUAUUAAUGAAUCUUAUUCUAAUGAGAGCUGGUUACCCACCAGUCAUAAUAAGAAAACAAGAUAGAUCCUUAUAUUAUGAAUAUUUACAACAUGCAAAUGAAGGCGAUGUUCGUCCUUUUGUACGUUUUAUUGCAGAAUGUACAGAAAGAACUCUGGAUGUGUAUCUAUAUGCCACAGAGUAUGGAAUUUCUGGUGUUAGAGCUUUAGGUGGACAGGAAAUAGACAGAUUUCCUAGGAUAAUUGACAAUGAACAGCAAAUAUCAUAAACAUUAUUUAUUUAUUGUGAAUUUAAUAAGCUGAAAGCAAGUACAGUAUUGUAAUCUGUUUGUACAUACUGUAAAUGUGUAUAUACCGUAUUUAAAAAUGAAGCACAAUUUUUAUCAUAAUUAUUGUACACUAUUAAUUGACAAGAGAUUUUUGAUUGUAUUUUAAAUACAAUUUCAAGUAUUAUGGAAAAAUUCUAUAGAAUAUUCAUUACUAUUCAUAUUAUUUAAGAAUAUAUUUAUGCAUAGACAAAAAUUUUAAUGAAAAAAUA